AUGAACAACUUGAAUCCUGUCUGGGAGGAGGGGAAUCUCUUUACCUUUGAGAUGGCAGUGGAUGACCACAAAGUUGAAAUGGAGGUGAUGGACUCCAACACCUUCCAGGAUAGUUUCCUGGGUAGAUGCGAGUUGGACCUUCGCUCCAUUCAACAUGGCUUGUGGACCUCCUUCCGCGAGAAGAUUGGCCACGGAGAGUUGGUGUUCGACCUCUUCUUCAAGCCGACCGAGUACCGGCUGUUGCACGGAGAGCAGACAAGUCUGUCUUCGGCUAAGUGGAUGCUUCCCUGCACCAAUGCUGGGCAGUUGUCGUCACAGACAGGUGAGGCUCGCAGGCGACGCAUGCGACGCAUGGGUCUUGCCACCUUAGCGACCUCAGCUGUGCUGCUUCCAGAGGUGGCCAACCCCUUCGUCGUUGGCUCCGCAGCACGCGCUACUCCAAAACCCAAUUUGAACACAAAUCUCCAAACACCUCCGAUGCGGGACGAGCCUACAGCCAGCAGCAAGACAACCGUGCGAACUGCUGCUGCGGCCGCAAUGUCAGCGUUGGCUUGCCAGCUGGGCUGGAUUUUCCCCAAGCGCCGUGCGCGGAAGAGUGUCAAGGCAGCAGUGCCGGACACAGGCAGCAUGACAGGCGCACCUGCAGGUCGCAUCAGCUCCAGCUUCACUUCCAGCUUCUCAUCUACAGGAUCUGCCUUUCUCGGUUCCACCAUGGCAGGCUCUGUGACUGCAGCACCCGCGCGCUCCGCCUCCUCCACGUCUUCAAUGACCAUGCUUUUUGAGCGCUUCAAUGCGGAUGCAAUGAGGUCCGUCAUGACCGCUCAGCAGCAAUGCCGCCGUCUUGGGCAAAGCCAGCUGGGAACAGAGAUGCUUCUCAUUGGAGUCAUCAAGUCAGGCAAGGGCAUUGUGGGCAGCGUUGUGAAGAAGAUGGGCAUUGAUGUGGAAGCAGCUUCCCAACGCGUCGCAGAACGCCUUGGGCAGGGCGAUGGCCAGGUUCCUAAGGACAUCCCGUUCUCUGCAGCAUGCAAGAGCAUCUUGCAGACGGCCGUCGAGGACUCCAAGAAGUUGAGGUCAGUCGCAGUGGACCCGAGUCAUAUUUUCACCGCGCUCCUGGCAAACGCCAAGGACUGCCCCGCAGAAGAGAUCUUGCAGGUUGACCCCCAGGAGUUGAUCAAGGAAGUGCAGGCUGAAAUGCAGAAAUUGGAAGAAGCCAACGAGGUGCCAGUGGGCGGAGGAGCAGGCCCCGCAACGAAAACCACCAAGGCACUGGAGGAAUUCGGCAAGAACUUGACGCAGGCAGCUGCCGAUGGCUUAAUGGAUCCCCUUGUGGGCCGUGAUGAGGAGAUUGACCGUGCCAUCCAGAUUUUGGCUCGUCGAUCUAAGAACAACCCUGUCCUCAUUGGAGAGCCAGGAGUGGGCAAGACCGCCAUUGCAGAGGGCCUUGCGAUGCGCAUCGUUGCAGGCGAUGUGCCGGAAAUGUUGGCGGACAAGAUCAUCAUCGAGUUGGACAUGGGCGCAUUACUCUCCGGUGCUAAGUACCGUGGAGAGUUUGAGGAGCGUUUGAAAAACAUCAUACAGGAAACUCGUAAUGACCCCAACAUUAUCUUGAUGAUUGACGAGAUUCACACCCUUGUCGGUGCCGGUGGUGGCGGCGAUGGUGGCGCAAUGGAUGCCGCAAACAUUUUAAAGCCAGCCCUUGCCCGAGGAGACAUGCAGAUCAUUGGUGCCACUACCAUUGAGGAGUACCGAAAGUAUGUCACAAAGGACAAGGCUCUGGAGCGCCGCUUCCAGCCCGUUGAUGUCCCAGAGCCCACAGUGGAACAAGCCGUGCAGAUCCUUACAGGGCUCGCCCGAAAGUACGAGGCACACCAUCGCCUUCGCUACUCUCAGGAGGCCAUUGAGGCUUGCGUCAAGUACGCGUCUCAGUAUGUCCAAGACAGGUUCCUCCCGGACAAGGCAAUUGACAUCCUGGAUGAGACGGGGGCUCGUGUACAGCUCCGCCAGCUUGCAGCUAUUCCUGAAGAAGCCAUGGAGAUCCGCUCGAAGCUGAGAGAUGUGGAGGCAGCCAAGGAGGCAGCAGUUCGAGCGCAGGACUUCACCAAGGCCAGUGAGCUAAAGCUGGAGGAGGAAAAGCUACAGUGUCAAAUCUACCAGGUGACAAAGAUGGCUGACGCCAAGGCAGAGUCCGAGCCUGACAGCACAAGCACCGCAAGCCAGGUGGCUGUGAAGGCCGAAGGCAAAGCCGAAGGCAAGGCAGAGGCUGAAGACAAAGACGCUGAGAAGGAGUUGGAUCUGCCACCCCUGAGCCAGGAGGACAUCGAAGAAGCUCUUUCAAAGCCAACCGUCACUGAGAAUGACGUGGCAGCUGUGGUAUCUGCCUGGACCAAGGUGCCAGUGGAAAAGGUCACGGCUGAUGAGUCCGUCCGCCUUGUUCACUUGGAAGACACGCUGCAUAGGCGAGUCAUUGGACAAGAGGAGGCAGUUGUUGCCAUUGCAAAGGCUGUUCGUCGUGCGCGAGCUGGGCUGCAGAACCCCAAGAGGCCCAUCGCAUCCUUCAUUUUCUGCGGCCCCACUGGUGUUGGAAAGACCGAGCUCUGCAAGGCCUUGGCGGAAGCCUACUUUGGCAUGGAAGAUUCCAUGGUGCGCCUGGACAUGAGCGAGUUCAUGGAGAAGCACACAGUGGCAAAGCUGAUUGGAAGUCCUCCCGGCUACGUUGGCUACGAUGAAGAGAGCAUGUUGACAGAUGCGGUGCGCAGAAAGCCAUACAGCCUUGUCCUCUUCGAUGAGGUGGAGAAAGCACACCCCGACGUUUUCAACUUGAUGCUUCAGGUCUUGGAGGAUGGCCACCUUACUGACUCAAAGGGUCGUGUGGUGUCCUUCAAGAACACCUUGAUCAUCCUGACCUCAAAUUGUGGUGCCAAGGAGAUUGAGAAGACACUGAUCGGUCAGGGUCUUGGCUUUGAUGCCGGGGAUGAUGAUGCUGGAACAUCACUGUACCAGAGGCUCAAGACCAAGGUUCAUGACCAGCUUAAGGGCUUCUUCAGGCCAGAGUUCUUGAAUCGAUUAGAUGAGAUCAUUGUCUUCAAGUCCCUCAACAAGCAGGAAGUUCGCGAGAUUGCAGAGCUGGAGUUCAGAAAGACCUUCAAGCGCUGCCAGGAAAGAGGCAUCACGCUCUCGUUGACCGAUCGGUUCAAGACCAAGGUUGUCGAUGAGGGCUAUGAUCCGGUUUAUGGAGCUCGUCCCCUGAGGCGAGCAAUCAUGCGUUUGUUGGAUGACAAGCUCGCGGAGUCCUUCCUGUACGAGCCGACUGUCGAAGGAGAAUGCAUCAUCUGCGACGUAGAUGAGCAGGAUCAUGUAGUAGUUCUGCGACAAACUCUCGACAGCAACUCCACAGAGCCUGAAGACCCUGGGGCCGCAGUGGAAGUGGACAAGGCUUACUUGGGGGGUGCAGUUCUGCCACUGGUCAUGGUCACUCCAUGGUUUGUGGAGAGCAAGCCAGGAGUGGCCGGGUCUGACCCGUAUGUGGUCGUGAAGGUAGGAGACGUGACGCGCAGGACACCGACUAUCGACAACACCUUGAAUCCUGACUGGCGGGAGGGGAAUCUCUUCACGUUCCAAGUCAAUGAAGGAGUCACCACCAUUGAGUUGGAGGCCAUGAACGCCAACGUGGUGCGGGAUGACAGCCUGGGGAGAGCAACCAUCAGCUUUGUUGGGCUUGAGCCAAACAACUGGUGUCGGCUAGUGGAGCAGCUUGAGAAAGGGGGCAGCGGAACUUUGGAACUUGAUGUCUUCUUCAAGCCCAAUGCGCAUUACUACCUCAAUCUCCAGCUUCAGCAGGCCCAGGAGGAGGAGAAGAGAUGCUUGGCCGAGGCUGCAAGGCUCUCCAAAGAAGUGCAGAUGGCUGAGCACGCACGAAGGUGGCUGGAGAAUGUGGAUGAGAACACGAAAAUGCCGAUGAGCAUGGAGGAGCGCGACUGGGUGCGCGCCUGUGGUGGUAGGAACUUGAUCGCCCCAGCGUGGAUUACCGUCACUCAGACGCAGGUGGAAGCGUUGGUGCGAGCACGAGAACGCGCACAACCUAUCUCGUUGUUUCCAGAGGUCGCUCUCUCAGCUGGACAGCUCAAACUGAAAGUCCGCAUCAUCGGAGCUGCCGGCUUGGGCAGCCCAGUACCUGGGCAGAUCCUCACGUACUGCACCUGCGAAAUCCCGCAGAAAAAGGGGUCUCAAGUCUCCACGGAUUUGGCUGAGGGUUUGAGUCCAGAGUGGCGCUGCAGCCGCACGGUACCAGGUUACAAACCUGGAGAUGCACUUGUCCUACAAGUUUUCGCAGUUGAUGCUGAAGGUGAUGUGCAGCAGCUGGUGCCGAAAGUCAAUCAGCUUUUGGGCCGAGCAUUUCUUCCUGGCAACAAGAUCUUUCCCGAAGGCUACGAUGGGCUUUUGAACCUGACCUUGGGACCUCGCCAAACCGGCGCUACCCUUCGGGUAACCGCGCUGGUUUUGGAGGUGUGA